AUGAAGAGGCGAAGCGUGGCGAGCGUGGUCGCUGCAGAGGGCACCCUGUUUGAUGCUUGUGUGGCCACCCUGGUCACCGUCAUCCCUCCUGCCCACCACCAGGCCCUGGCUAAAGCAAUCGCGGGUGGGCUGGGCGGUGAUGGGUGCGUGCGAGUGGCACGCGCCAUGCACCACUGGCAGCUGACUGACGACUGCACGCUCGCCCUGCUUGGCUACCUGUCCGCUGUUGCGGAAACCCUGGGCGAGGUCUCAUUCCGCUCCCACUGCGACGUGACGCUCCAGGGUCUGCGCCACCUGGGCGCAUUUCCCAAGCUCAGAAAGCUGAAGCUGCACUUUGAUUAUAAGCACAAGGAGCAAGCGAUAGGUGUGCUCAGUGAUGUGUGCCCUCAGCUUGAGGAACUAUCCAUGCCAAUGCCGCGCUGGACGGCCGACAUGUUGGCUCAGCUGCCCAAUCUCAACAGUCUCCGCAACAGCCGACUGUCGUUGGAAUUGCUGGAGCAGCUGCACGCCACGGGCAGGCUCAAGCACUUGACCUCCCUGCGCGGUUGCCCCGUGUCGGUCGACUGCGAAGCGGCCGGCAAAGCGUUGGUCGACCUGCUGAGCGAGCCUGGCUCCAAGCUCAUCGAAGGACCCAGUCUUGACAGGUUUGCCGUUGGCGAACUCAUCCAGCGCAUCACCUCCCAGCAGCAACAACAGCAGAAGCAGAAGCAGAACGAGCUCAUCGCCCCUCGGCCGGCUGCGGCACAGAACCCUCUUGCGUCGUGGACAGGCCUGAAUCUGUGGGACCAAGCCUGGCCCGCUGCCAGUUUGGUCCCAGUCCUACAGGCCUUCCCUGCGCUCCGCAAGCUGGAGCUUGGCGCCAACAAGCUGGAGAGGCGUGCCGACAACCGACUGCCGAGCUCGCAGCUCACCUUCGCGUCGGUCGCAGCCGGGUUCGAAGCCCUGCCUCACCUCAACGAGCUCGUCCUCAUUGGCUUUCGUUGCGACGAUGUCGCAUCGUUGGCAGCCCUGCUGCCACCGGACUGUACCGCCGCCGCCGGAGGAUCAUGGCGGUCGAGCCUGGCCAAGCUGACGCUGCACAGUGCCUGCCUUUCGGGCGCUUUCAUUGCGGCGAUGACCCACGGCCUCUCUGGGCUGACCUCGCUCGACCUGGACCACAGCCCGGAGAUCACAACCGCGUCCGGCCCAGCCUCGGCGGAGCACGAGCCCGACGAGAGCCUCAUGAAGGCCCUGUCCGAACGCGACGACGAAGGCGGCCAACCCAAGCUGGCCCAGCUGCGCAGCCUCACCCUCAGCGGCUUUUUCAGGCACCACCAGCCCAGGAGGCGGCGCAGCUGCAGCAGGGCAGACGAAGCGGGCAGCUGUCGUUUCCAUCUGCGGCACCCGCUGCUCGAGCACCUUGUCGUGUAUGGCUGCGGAUCUGAAAGCGAUGACGACGACGACGACGACUACGACGACGACGACGACGACGACGACGACGACGACAAGGCCGAGCGUGGACGACCGCUUCGCAUUGGCUUGACGAUCGAGUGCGCCGGGUUGCGAAGCUGUCGGAUCGACGCCCGGGAUAUGCACAGUCGGGACUUGGUGCGCACGGUCACGAGCCUGAGCGAGUCGUCGCCCCUGCUCACCAGCGUCCACGUUUCGCUCGAUCGCGAUCUCGACUUCGAUGACGACUACGAUGGCAACAACAGUGGCAACGAAGCAAGGACAACUGCCGACCAGCAGCCAUCAUGGAUACCUCAUGCGCUGCACCGUGUGGUGUCGGCCUGUCCGCUGUUGACCACCGUCAUCCUGACCGGCCAGCCGCCGCUUGGGGUGGCACCAUCCACGCUGCAGCGACUCCCCCAGGCCCAGGGGGCGGUGCAAUUAGAGGCUCGGCUGGUCGUGGCGCCCAUAGACGACGGCGGCGGUGGCGGCGGCAGCGGGGCCAACUUACAGCGGCUCGAGCUAUCGGGCCGGUGGUUGUUGUCAGGUGGCAGGCCCUUGUCGAUGUCGGCCGCAGGGCCUGAGGCGCCGCCAGUCCAAGGCCUGCUGGCGCGGUUCUCCCGCCUGACCCGCCUCACGCUCGACGCCAACUGUACGCCCGCCAACUCGCGCGAUCACCCGACGCCGUUCGCCGAGGCGGAGCUGCGCGCCCUGGCGCUGCUGCCCUCACUCGAGACACUCUCGAUCCGGGGCGUGCUCUCUAGCGACGACGAUGACGAUGACGACCCGGGAGCCACGCUGGCCAUCGAGGGCGGCGCCGGCGCAGGCGGCGGGCACCGGUGGCCACAGCUGCGCUCAGUGAAGGUGCGGCAUGCACGCUUGGCCACGGCGACGAUUCGUCACGUGCCACGGCUCAAGACGGUACGCCUGGUGACCCACUCGCCCAAGGCUCUGGUCAUGUCGCUGGCUGUGGCGCACUGCCCCUGCCUAGCACAGUUGCGCGUCCGCUCGGCCGCGCUCCCACCUGGGCUCACGGUGCGCCUGAUGAGUAACGUCAACGAUGCGGAGGCUGAACCGGUGGCCGAGGGCGCCUUCGCUGGGUGCCCGGCACUGCGAUCGCUUCGCCUGGAGCCAGCAGACCGAGUGCAGAUGAGUUCUGCUGACUUAGCGACCGUCGUUGCGGCCUGUCCCGUGGUCCAGACGGUCACCGCACAGUGUUCAGGGUGUGUCACCCAAUAG